AUGAAUAAAGUCAACCAGUCAUCGGUCACUGAGCUCUUGAUAUUGGGGUUCCCAGAUGUUACCGGCUACAAGGCUGUUGCUUUCUUUAUUGUAAUCUUACAUGUCUACAUCCUCACACUCCUGAUAAAUACUAUGGUCAUCAUGUUGGUCUCCAUCAAGCCUCAGCUCCAUUCUCCCAUGUACUUCUUCCUCCAGCAGUUAUCACUUGUAGAAUCCAUGUUACUGUUUGUGAUUGUUCCUAACAUGCUGCGUGUUGUAUGGUUAGAAGGAGCCACCAUCUCUGUUGGGGGUUGUAUAACCCAAACCUAUAUGUAUUGUGCCAUAGGAUGUACAGAGUGUCACCUCCUCACAGUCAUGGCUUAUGACCGGUACUUGGCCAUCUGUAACCCUCUUCGCUACAACACCAUCAUGAAUACAAGACUUCAGCAUAUCUUGAUCAUCUAUUGUUGGGUUUUUGGCUUCUCCCUGACCCAGAUCACUCUAAACUUUCUUUGUCAACUUGAGUUCUGUGGAUCCAAUGUGAUCGACCAUUUCUUCUGUGAUCUUGUUCCUUUUGUAGAACUUACCUGUUCCAAAUUCUCCUUACAGUUGGAGAUCGUGCUCCUUUCCAUCCCUAUUAUUCUUAUACCAUUUAUUCUCGUUAUUGUCAGCUACAUCUAUGUCUUCAUAACAAUUCUUGGCAUCUCCUCUACAAAAGGGAGGAAAAAAACCUUCUCCACCUGUAGCUCCCACCUCACUGUGGUCACCGUGUUUUUUGGCACCCUCAUCACCAUCUAUAUGGUCCCAGCCAAUGGAGACACCUUGACCAUUAACAAACUGAUCUCAUUUCUGUACAUUGUGGUGACUCCUCUGUUCAAUCCGAUCAUAUACUGCUUGAGGAACCAAGAAAUGAGACUUGUCUUGGAGAAGCUAUUCGGCCAGAGAAAUAGACAGUAG